AUGGGCAGUAGUUCAAGUGCUGUUCAUAAGAAAGAAAAGGAUUCUGUCAUUGAGAAAAACAAAAAUGUGGAGUCUUCUAAAGACACCAAGAAGGACGCUGAUCCUGUCAGCAGAAAAUCUGGUACAAACGAAAUUGAGACCUCAGAUUAUAAAAGAAGUGAUUCUAAAAAAGUAAAAAAUGGAGAUAAUGACACAAGAAACGAACAAGAAAGUCAUAUUAAGUCAAAAGAAAGUGUCUUGCAAUCAGAUGUUCCAGAGAAUCAAACAUCCAACAUAGCUGAACUCACUGGUGACAAUUGCCGAAUAUCUUUGCCAUCAAACCAAACAAUUGAAACAGAUGAUACGGAAAACAAAGAAAAGGAAAAGGAAAAUAAGAAGAGAAAAUUUAAAGAGAACUAUGAGAAACUGAAAAUAAAACUUAUGACUGGUCUGAAGAAUCUAAAGAGCAAAAAUGAAGGAAGUGAAAUAUUGCAUAGAGCAGUAGUGAAAGCAUUAGAUAAGGCUAGUCGGCUUUAUCCAACUGACUAUAAGGAGGAAAUAAUGGCAAGUUAUGCGAAACAGCAAGCAACACUCGAAUUAGUAAGACGCGAAAAGACAAAAUUGUUACAUCGGUUAUCUGAGCUUGCAUCAAGCCGAUUGCGACACAACAAUCCCGACAUUGCAGAUCUUAGUGAUGAAAAUAGAGCUACUAAACUGGCAGAGAAACUCUCUGAGCUGUAUGACAAUGAAUGGACUGACCUUUUUGAAGCGACCAAACAUUGCAAAACAAAAUGUAUAGAUGAGGAUAGAUGUAUUGCUGAAGGUCUUAGAGAUAUUCUUCAGUAUUGCUGUAAAGAGUGUCAACGUGUUGCUGAGGAUCAACGUGUCCAUUUACUUCGAAAUCUUAAAACAAAUACACCUGAAGUCUUUACGAAUUCACCACAAAGAUUACAAAUGCUUAUAAAAGAAUUCCAGAAGAAUCUUCCACAAUACACUUUGCCGAAAAUCAAGAAAGAUAUUACUGAUAGCGCACAGAAAAGUCUGAAAGAGAAUAUAGUUAUUAAGUGUUCAAAUAAAACGAAGAAACAGUUUGAUCCAUUUAUCAAUUUAUGCAUUGAAAUAUCGUGGUAUACACAAAUUCAAGACCCUCCUUUACAUCUUGUUUUUCAUUCGGACGAUGCGGAUGUAUCCAAUUUUCGACCAUAUACAACUUCUGGUUCUCAACUGGACUAUGUACUUUGGCCUGUUCUACUUCUGCACGACAAUGGAUCGGUAGUAGCUAAAGGUGUAGCUCAAUUUAAGGCAGAAAGUGAAACAAAAUCUGAAAGUGCGCAAGCGAAAAAAACUGAAAAUGCACAAAAGGAGACAACGAAUGAAAAGUGUACCAAAACAGCAGAUUCUGUUUGGUAG